AUGGCCACAGAGCAAGAUUUCUCUCACGUACCUCGCGCCUCACGUGACUCACGCGCCUCAAGCAGCGUAGGAUAUUACUCAGACGAAGAUUACACGGAUGAGGAAGAGGACGAAGAAGAAGACAUGGAGGAGAUUGAGGAAGAGGAGGAGGAAGAAGAAGAAGAAGAAGAAGAAGUGCCACGUGUGGGGGUCACGUGCAAAGGAAGAAGAAACGGGUCAUCGGGUAAUUACAACAAAUGGAUGAUGUUGGGUCGAAUACUUGACCCGAGAUCCAAAUUGGUUCAAGAAUGGAACAGAGUCUUUCUCCUUGUGUGCGCGACGGGGCUCUUCGUGGACCCGCUUUUUCUCUACACACUCUCGGUGAACGAUACGUGUAUGUGUCUCCUCAUCGAUGGUUGGCUCGCUCUCACCGUCACCGCCUUACGCUCCAUGACCGAUCUUUUGCACUUAUGGAACAUUUGGCUUCAGUUCAAGAUUGCUCGCCGGUGGCCUUAUCCCGGCGGAGAUAACGACGGCGAUAUUAAUAAAGGAGAUGGGGCACGUGUGCGUACGAGAGUUGCUCCACCUUACGUUAAGAUGAAACGGUUCUUCUUUGAUCUCUUUGUCAUCUUACCAUUACCUCAGGUGGUGUUGUGGGUUGUGAUACCUUCUCUUCUAAAGAGAGGCUCCGUGACUUUAGUGGUGUCAGUUUUACUUAUAACAUUCCUCUUCCAAUAUCUACCGAGAAUAUAUCAUUCCGUUCGUCAUCUCCGACAAAAUGCUACUCUCUCCGGUUACAUCUUUGGCACUGUCUGGUGGGGAAUUGCACUCAACAUGAUCGCUUAUUUCGUCGCGGCUCAUGCAGCAGGAGCAUGUUGGUACUUGUUGGGAGUCCAAAGAUCAUCGAAAUGUCUAAAAGAACAAUGUGAAAACACGAUGGGAUGCAACCUAAGGAUGUUGUCAUGUAAGGAACCAGUGUACUAUGGCACCACCGAGAUGGUCCUUGACAGAGCUAGACUGGCUUGGGCACAAAACCAUGAUGCCCGAUCUAUUUGCUUAGAUAUCGACACAAACUACACAUAUGGUGCUUAUCAGUGGACCAUUCAACUCGUGAGCAAUGAAAGCCGGUUGGAGAAAAUUCUUUUCCCAAUCUUUUGGGGUCUUAUGACACUCAGCACAUUUGGGAAUUUGGAGAGCACAACAGAGUGGUCGGAGGUUGUCUUCAACAUAAUAGUUCUAACAAGUGGUCUUCUUCUCGUUACCAUGUUGAUCGGUAACAUCAAGGUGUUUCUGCACGCAACAACCUCAAAGAAGCAAGCAAUGCACCUGAAGAUGAGGAACAUAGAGUGGUGGAUGAAGAAGAGACAUUUGCCAUUAGGGUUUAAGCAACGAGUCCGCAACUACGAGCGGCAGAGAUGGGCCGCUAUGCGCGGUGUAGACGAGUGUGAGAUGGUUAAGAAUCUUCCAGAAGGUCUUAGGAGAGACAUCAAGUACCAUCUUUGUUUAGACUUAGUCCGACAGGUUCCAUUGUUUCAGCAUAUGGAUGAUUUGGUGCUUGAGAAUAUAUGCGACCGUGUGAAAUCUCUCAUUUUCACCAAAGGAGAAACCAUCCAGAAAGAAGGAGAUGCAGUGCAGAGAAUGUUGUUCGUAGUGAGAGGCCAUCUUCAGAGUAGUCAGUUGCUAAGAGACGGCGUUAAAAGCUGUUGCAUGUUAGGUCCGGGCAAUUUUAGCGGUGACGAGCUUCUCUCGUGGUGUCUUCGACGACCCUUCGUGGAGAGGCUACCGCCGUCUUCCUCAACGCUCGUAACGCUCGAGACCACCGAAGCGUUUGGACUAGACGCCGAAGACGUUAAGUACGUGACUCAACAUUUCCGCUACACUUUUGUCAACGAAAAAGUCAAACGCAGUGCCCGCUAUUAUUCUCCUGGGUGGCGAACUUGGGCCGCGGUUGCGGUUCAGCUCGCUUGGAGGAGGUACAAGCACAGGUUAACGUUGACGUCACUGUCGUUCAUAAGGCCGAGGAGACCAUUGUCGAGAUGUGCAUCAUUAGGAGAAGAUAAAUUGAGGCUCUACACAGCAAUCUUAACCUCUCCUAAACCUAAUCCUGACGAUUUCGAUUAUUAA